CCAAUGUCUAUAAAUAUAAAUUUGAUAAAAAACCCAAGUUUAGCUAGGCCAAUUGUCUGUUUAUAAGUUCUUAAAAAUUUUGACUUACUGAUUAAUGGUUUGUUUGAAGAUAGUAGUAUAUUAUAAAUUUCAAUAGCUUCUUCUUUUAGUUAUCUGUAACAAGUGCUACAGUUACAAAAGUAUGAGUAUUAAUAGUUUCCUAUUUAUGCUGAUGACAUGUUUUUGCUACUCUGUCUGCUGUCAUGAUUGUUUAAGACACCCUUUGUUUUCAACAAAAACUCCAUAUAAUUUGGUGUCAAACAAUAACACUAAUGUUACCAUAAUUCCAGGAUGUCAAGUUGUUCAGAUCAAUAUGGUGCAUCGACAUGGUCACCGGUACCCAAGCAAAGAAGAUAUAAGUUCAAUGGAACACUUAUUUAAUCUGCUUCAGUUUGCUGAUAAGGUCUUAGUUCAAAGUAACAUUUCGAUCCCAAAUAAGAUUCCUUUUGUUGUUAAGCACGAAAAGUUGUUAAAUCAGGUAGGGGAAAAAGAUCUGUAUAACAUUGGUAAAAGAAUUCGCAAGCGCUUUCCACAUUUAUUUAAUAAAGGAUACUCGUCUGAUUUGUUUAAGUUUGUCAGUUCAUGUAAAACACGUUGUCUACAAAGCUCAAGUGCACUUGCAUCUGGGUUGUUUGAAGGAACAGGAUCUCUUGGAGCAUGCCGAUUUCAGCCUGUUUCUAUUGAAUCUCGAUCUUGUCAUCAAGAUCAGCAUUUAAGGUUUUUUGAUUUAUGUCAUAGAUAUAUUGUUGAUGUUAAAAACAGCUCUUUGUCUCUGGAAGAGAUGAGGCUUUUUGGUAAGAGUUCAGAAAUAGCUGAGAUUAUCCGAAAAAUCAAAAAAAAACUUGGUCUUAAUCAAAUUGUCACAGAAAAACAUUUAGAAGCAUUGUAUUUGUAUUGUGCAUAUGAAAUCGGUAUAUUUAAUGGAAGUUUUAUCACAGGUUUAUGCUCACUCUUGAAUCAAGAGGAUUUACAUGUUUUAGAAUAUUACUUAGAUCUUAAGCACUACUACCGACGUUCUAAAGGUUUUUCAGUUACUUAUGAAAGCAGCUGUCCUCUGUUAGUUGAUUUCAUUAGUAGUUUAAAAAUGGCUACUAUGAAUGAAAGAAAAUUUUUUAAAGGUAUCUUUCGAUCUUCUCAUGCUGAAACAAUUAUUCCAUUUAUUACUUUGCUUCGUCUUAACUUGGAUGUUACAAAGCUAACCGCUAAAAAUUUUAAUGAGAUGAAAAGCAGAAAAUUUCGACCUAGCUGUAUAUCUCCGUUUUCUGGGAAUGUAUAUUUUGUUUUGUAUGAUUGUGGUAGUAAGAAGCAUAAAAUUCAACUUUACAUCAAUGAAUAUUUAGUUAAAAUACCUUGUUGUGAGUCUGAGUAUGAAUGCGAUUUUAAGACUUUUUUAAAAUGCUAUGAAAGUAUUGUGGAUAAUUGUAACUUUGAUGAAAUUUGUAGUUUAAAAAAAACUGAACUUUAGUUUGAGUUCAAUUGCCAAAAAGUUCAAUUUAAAGUUUUGUAACUUUUUUAAAGUUUAUUUAAGUUUUUCAUUUAAAAUGUUGCACAUUUGAUCAAUUUCA